AUGGGUGAAUCGGGGGAAGAGAUCGUUGGUACUGUAGGUUUGGGGCCCCUGGGCCCUGCGCUCCUGCGGGUAGUUGCCUUGUACGAUUCCAGAGGCAGCGCUGCGCGGUCCAGCAUCUUCGCGGCAGCGCUGCUGCUCUCCAUCGUGAUCGAUACCAUGAGGCAUGUGGCUAUCCUCUCGGCCGCCAUGACCGUCUUAGGGAGUCGUUGGAAUGCCUUGAAGGCGGAUGUGUCGCGUUACACCGCUACGCUGGGGGGGCAGUUCUUUGAGGAGCUUCAGGACUCGCUGGGCACAGGCGUUGCGCAAGCUGUUUGGGCUACACCUUUGGCCCUGCUGGGCUAUGCCGGGGGACCGAGGGCCCCACUGACACAGCUGGAGAUUCGCAGCUGGACUAUUGACAUGGCCCGAAGACAAGCCGUUUUCCAAGCAUCAGCGGCGUUCUUCUUCAACCACGAGGUUCUGACCUUCAAGGUGAAACGACGGCUACGUUUGGCGAGGGCGAAACUCUGUCAGCUCCAGGACAGAGCUCAGGAGGAGGAAGUGGCAUUGGAACAGGUCUCAGCAGGCGCUUUGCAUACAGUGCUUCUCCGAAGUGACGGCAAAGCUGUGGCGUGUGGACAGAAUACGAAUGGGCAACGCAACAUUCCACGUUUGGAGGAUGGACUGUUUUACACCCAAGUCUCUGCAGGCGGAUAUCAUACCGUGCUUCUCCGCAGUGAUGGCCAGGCUGUGGCAUGCGGAAGAAAUCGACAUGGACAAUGCAAAAUUCCCAGUCCAGGUUUCAACAAUUUCUAUUGCAACCUGGCAGGUGAUCUGCGAGUUGGCAACUCUUUCAUAGUUCUUCAACUCGAAUUUCAGCCAAGCGCAGAUGACGGUUUUGUGCUGAGAUGCUCGAAUAUGGCUGGAGAGGAGAAGGUAUGUCUGAACGCUGGUGCAUCUGAUCUGGCCUUGGAUGCCCAGAAGUUGAUUGCCCUUCAAUUGAAGCUUAGCCUCCAGAGUCUCCGAUUGAUUUUGCCUGACGGACAGCCGUCAUUGCUAUCGCCCAAAGGUGGAAAGCACCUGUGGGACACGCCCAAGAAUCAGGUCCUUCCCAUGGAGGUGCCGGCGGAACUGGCUGAAGUGUCCAAGAAAGUGACGACCCAGUGGUACCUGAUGAACAGCAGCCAUGCGAAGAGCUGUGGAAGCGAGGCUCUCAGUGGCCGGUCUGAGGACCGCUUGAAAGUGGUCUUUGAGGAACCCUGUCUCGGAAGCGCCGGGCUACCAGCCAAGGACUACGCCGCCUCCAGCAGCGCCGUGUCCUUCAGCGUCACGGAGUUCCCGGCCACCAGCGUGGCGGAGGAUGGCGCCACCACAGUGAGCGCCACGGUCUCCUUCGAUGUCACUCCUCUGGCGGAGGGAAGCCUACCUUCACACUGGGUGGAUAAGAAGGCAGUUGCGGGCUUUGAUGGCGUGUCAAUGGUGAUUUCAAAGGAUUUCUUGGCGCCCCCAGAAAGCCAGGACUUUGAGGAGCACGACGACGUCGCCUCUGCCGCGGUUUCCGUGGAGUCGGAGGAUCUUCCAAAGUCGCCGGUGCUCCUGGAGCGCUGCAUACUGGAAGAUGACCGCCCUGCAGAUGUGGAGGACUGUGCGAUCAGCUUGGAUGAGCCUGUGCCAAUUGAUUCGCCCAAGGCAGAUGAGCGCAGUGAUGGCGUAGCCAGCGAGAGAAGUUGA